GAGAGGGUCUGGGUACGUGCGAGAUGCAGCCAUAGUCACGCUACACUCUCUAAAAUUAUAACCUGCCGGGAUCGUUAGUUUUGCAGCACAUCGGAGCCGAGCGAAAGCCUGUGGACGUAAGGCAUCAUGGCUGAGCAGCAGAGGCAACGCUCUCUGUCCACCGCUGGUGAGUCUCUCUACCAUGUUUUGGGAGUUGACAAGAUGGCCACAACGGAUGACAUCAAGAGAUCUUACAGGAAGCUGGCAUUGAAGUUCCACCCUGACAAGAAUCCUGACAAUCCAGAGGCAUCAGAUAAGUUCAAGGAGAUAAACAAUGCCCACGCGAUUCUGAACGACCCCACGAAGCGUAAUAUUUACGACAAAUAUGGUUCUCUGGGACUGUAUGUGGCUGAGCAGUUUGGAGAGGAGAAUGUUAACACUUACUUUGUCCUUUCAAGCUGGUGGGCAAAGGCUCUGUUUGUAUUGUGCGGCCUGGCCACCGGCUGCUACUUCUGUUGCUGCCUGUGCUGCUGCUGUAACUGCUGCUGUGGAAAGUGUAAACCACGGCCUAGGGAGGGCCAGGACCAGGACUUCUACGUGUCCCCUGAGGACCUGGAGGCUCAGCUCCAAUCUGAUGAGAGAGAGGCUGGUGGUGACCCUAUAGUGCUGCAACCAUCAGCAACAGAGACAACCCAGUUAACAUCGGAUGGGCACCACUCCUACCACACUGACACCGGCUUCAACUAACCGUUUGUUCCCAUCAAUCCUGGCCUGCAGUCCUGCCUGCUUCCC